UAGUGUCAUAUGAAGUGGUAUCAAAAUUGUUCCACUCGUAGAUACCUUCAAGAUAAGCACUGGUAAUAGGCCAAUUUAUUAAGUUGAAAGUGAAGGUGCUACCACCAUAGACAAAAGAGUAAAGUAAAAUAGAUAUGGAGAAGAGUUGGUUUAUUUUCAUCUUUUGUUUUAUUACAUGCGCGUUGGGAUCAAGUUACAGUUCGCUUCGAGCAUUAAAACACGCUGCUGUAUCGACUGAAGGGAAUGUCGCACCUCUCCUUAAUUUGGAAAAGUUCAAAGAUGCAUCAAAGAAAUUAGAAAAUGUCUUCACUGUUGAACCACCAGUAAAAAGCGGCUACUAUCUAAAACAGCCCAACUCUCGGUAUCGAGUACCACAAGAAGUUGGCUUGACAAUCAGGAGAGAGCUUUUGAGUAAUCCUGACAAAUUGGAAAGAUUAAAAGAAAAAUACAAGUCCCGGGAUAAGAAAUGGAUGGAUGCAAGGAAUCAGAAACCUGAAAACGUGAGCGAUGCUUGCUGGUCAGACUGGAGCAAAAUGAAUCCCGCUGACGUUCUUGAUAUGCCACCAUGGGCAAUUGAGAGUAUGUAUUGCUACUAUUAUUUGCUUCUGAAGUAUGAUAUGAAACGAAAUAAAACUAAAGUCGCUUGGUGCUUUUCUAAUAAUGCCUUUUAUGCUUUUUAUCAGUGUUUGAUGCGAGUGGCAAACUGCCUCCUGGUAUCUUGCAAGGAAAUCUCCAUUUCGUGGGUAGCUUUGACCAAUGUUUUGAUAUCCGAGAUAACAUCACGGAUGAUGGUUCAGUGAGGGAGGUACGUGGCAAGUACUGCACUGCCGAGGAGAUACUAGACUUACAAUUAGAUGUUCCGAUCUUAGACUUAAAGUUAGACCUCGCA